AUGAUAUCGUCCAAAACCGAGGCGAAACGGAAAGAUCCGGUCUCGCGGCCGUACAAAUGCACCAUGUGCGAGAAGGCCUUCCAUCGGUUGGAGCACCAGACCCGUCAUAUCCGUACUCACACCGGAGAAAAGCCCCAUGUCUGCUCCUACGCCGGCUGCCACAAGCGCUUCUCGCGUUCCGACGAGUUGACCAGACAUCUGCGCAUCCACACGAAUCCAAACAGCCGCAGAAACAAAAACUUGUCUCGCUCCAUCGACACCACCAUGUCGUCCGGCGCUUCUUCGGCGCCUAGGUCCCUGGCCGCCAUGUACUCCGCCAUGAGCCAUUCGCAGUCUGCCAGCGCAUACGAUCAUCCCGAUCCCGCCUUGCACAGCUCUUCCGGCCUGUCGUCUUCGUCGAAUUCGUCGGUGUCGCUUCUGCGUCAAGGUAGAUAUGACCCCGCGGCAGCUGCCCUCGCAGCUGCACACUUGGGCGAGAUCCAGGUCUCAGAUCUACCUGUUAACACGCCGGUGAGUGCUAUGUCAGCGCAGAGUCUACAAAAGACUGCUGCCGAGGCGUUGAAGUUGGCUGCCAUUCCUAUCCACACCGACCCUGCCUUGUUCGAGGUCGAUGCGCGGUUAAAAAAGGAGGAGGCGGACGAUCAACUUCAAAAUGCGAGUAAUACGAAAAAUUCGGAUUUAGACUCAACAGACGCUGACACAAAGUCUCCCCCGCAGCAUAAGCUCCCGAUAUCUGCCAACUCGACAAUGAACAUUGACUUGUUGGCCUCGGCCGCGACUCAGGAGCUUAAGACAUUAGAGCGGUUCACUUCGCCUACCCAUGAAGAAUUGACAGCGAAUUCUCGUUCACUCCCCUCGCUUACCAAAUACUUCAACUCUGGGAACCAGGCACAAUUGGGGUUCGUCAACUCCCUGAACAACCUCCAAUACUUGUCAAACAUUGCGUUAACAUCUCGUACCGGAAGUUAUACAACCCUUCUGGAGUCGGGAUCCAGCAGUGGCACAAACCCUAAUCUGAAAAGCCCACUUUCGCCUCACGCAGGCACUGCAAAACCGGCUUUCUCAACACUUCUGUCCUUACAAAAAAUGACUCCAUUGAAGCCACAAGUACAGCAACCUACUCCGAGUAAGUCGCAUGUCUUAGAGUCAAGUGAUAUGGAUUACGUUAAACAAAGGUUGAAGAAAAGCAGACCCAAUUCACCAACCAAUGCCUUCACAUUGCCUGCUUCACCGGUGUUGGGGCUAUCUUCAGCAAACACUCCAAUCAUUUCUGCCAAUAAUUCGAUGACUAAUUUGUCCUCGUUUUUCAUGACUUCGAUACACCCCACAUCAAAUCUGACUACUAGUCAAGGUGGUCGUGAUAAGGCAUUAGAGCCUUCAAAAACUCCACCCCCUCCCGCAACAAAGUCUGACACUUCCGAAGAGGGAAUGGAAGUCGAUAGCCUGCCUACUCAAAUCGCAAAUAAUCUUCCUCCAUUGAGAAGUUUAAAGCUAGAUUUGCCCAAGAAUCUCAAGAUGCCCAAUGCUUUGGGUGGUCUGUUAAGAGCCAAUAAGCGAACUAUUUCUUCUAGCUCUGUUGCUCUGCUUACUAUGGACAGCUAA